AUGGCUCCGGACCCCAGCAGCUGCCACAGCCUUCUGCUGCUUACUUGCUGCCUUGCUGCCACCCAAGCUGAACUGCUGGGCCUGGAAUGGCUGUGGUCCCCUAGGAUUGUGGGCUCCUCAGUGCCACUGGCCUCUGAGCCCCCAAACAGCCCACCUGUGCAACUCGCAGUGGAGCCCACCACGCACGUGGAUCCUCGGGAUGGCCUCACAGAGCCCACGACCACCCCUGCCAUCUCAGAGCUACCCCUGGAGGGACUGGAGGCUGGCCAGGGAAGAGCUCCCACUGCCCCUGCCACCUUCCCCUCAAUUCCAGGCAAGAGGGAGGAGAACAUUGCCGGCGUGGGAGCCAAGAUCCUAAACGUGGCCCAGGGCAUCCGGAGCUUCGUCCAGCUGUGGGAUGACACCACUCCCACCAAGAGCCCAACCAGAGCGGGUACCUUGGCCCCCACAGCCUCCACAGACCCCAUCACCCUUCCUGAAUCCUCUGGCACCCCUGCAGGGAGCAGGACGGCUCCCUGGCUGAGCAGUGCAGCCCCCAGCUCACAGAACAUGCAGAGGAUUCAUCCCAGCACCCUGCUGGCGCCCACCCAGCUGCUCUCCUCUCCAGACAGGCCCCAGGUCCUGCUCAGGCAGCCCUUGAUUUCCCUGCCAUCUCCAGGUAGAGCUUCUUCUCCCUCUGUCCUUGGGUGGCCCCAGCAUCUGGAUGAUCAGCAACUCCUGCCUGUGGCUGCCCUGACCAGCCAGCAGCAUCAACACACCAACAUCCCCCUCCGCACGCCUCAUCUGCUCCCCCUGGUGAUGGGUUCUGCUUAUGCUGCCUCCUCCACCUUCUCCGCUGACCGCUCAGACCGGCAUGGUAGGGGGGCCUUGCUUGGUGACCCCAAUGGCAGGGAUGACCACGUGCAGAAAGACUACCCAGCCCAGCGGUCUCCGGUCACAGCUUUAAUCAGGGAUCAUGGUGAUUGGGGUUCUCACAUGGCUAAUUCUUCAGGUCCUGGUCUCGCUAACACCUCUGCACUGCUUGCCCUGGCUGGGCAGCACUCUGGUCACUGCCGGCCUCUGCCACCCUCGAUGCUGCUCUGCCGACACCUGGGCAUUGGCCACAGCCGGCUGCCCAACCACCUUGGCCACAAGAGCGAGGAAGAGGUGUGGGCAGCUGCACAGGCCUGGGGGGACCUCCUUCAGACAAGUUGCCAUCGCUUUCUGGGGUGGUUCUUCUGCCUGCUUCUGGCCCCCCCUUGUGGAGCUGCCCUGCGGCCUGGCCCACCACCCUGCCGCCAGUUCUGUGAGGCCCUGGAAGACGCGUGCUGGAGCCACCUGCAGGGCGGCAGGCUGCCUGUGGCCUGUGCCUCACUGCCCACUCAGGAGGAUGGGUAUUGUGUAUUCAUUGGGGAGGCCGAAGAGAGUGCUGGCAUGGAGGAGGUGGGGCUCCUACAGCUCCUUGGGGAGCCCCCACCCUCACAAGUCACCCAGAUUGAGGACCCUGAUGUCGGCCCAGCCUACGUCUUUGGCCCAGAUGCCAACAGUGGCCAGGUGGCCCGCUACCAUGUGCCCAGCCCAUUCUUCCGGGACUUCUCCCUGCUGUUCCACGUGAAGCCAAACACAGGAAGUGCAGGCGUGCUAUUUGCCAUCACAGAUGCAGCCCAGGCAAAGAUCCUCAUGGGUGUGAAGCUCUCAGAUGUGCAAAAUGGGCAGCAGCAGAUCCAGUUCCUAUACACAGAGCCAGAUGCAGAGCACACCCACACAGCUGCCAGCUUUCGCCUGCCCUCCUUCACUCACCAGUGGAUUCGCUUUGCACUCAGUGUGGAUGGUGGCACUGUGACGCUCUAUGUGGACUGUGAGGAGUUCCAGAGGCUGCCUUUCCAACGGUCCCCAGCGGGCCUAGAACUGGAGCCUGGUGCUGGCCUCUUUGUAGGUCAGGCCGGAGGGGCCGACCCCAACAAGUUCCAGGGGUUGAUUGCAGACCUGAGGAUACGUGGGGACCCCCGAGUGAGCCCCCUGCGCUGCCUGGAGGAGGAUGAGGAUGACACAGAUGGGGCAUCAGGAGACUUCGGAAGUGGGCUCGAAGACAACCAGGAUCAUCUCAGAGGAGAAAUGGGCUCUUCCUUGAAACCCAGCCUGCCUGAGGCUCCCCCAGUCACUUCUCCACCCUUGGCUGGAGGAGGCAGCAACACUGAAGAUUCCAGAACUGAAGAAAUAGAGGAAGAAACAACAGUGCCUACGUUAAGAGGUAAAACUCUUUUCUGGGUGUGGUCUCAGACCCUUACUAACAUGGAACAGGGGAGGGAAGUUAACACCCAUACUGUGGGCUUGGAUGUGGAUGCCACAUGGGAUGGCGUGGAAGAGGGGGCCCUGAGGCCCAGCUCUCCAGGCCUGAAGGGGCAGAAGGGGGAGCCAGGUGCCCAGGGCCUGCCUGGCCCAGCUGGUCCCCAGGGUCCUGCAGGCCCAGUCAUCCAGAGCCCUGUUGGCCCUGCCACACAACCUGUCCCUGGGCCACAGGGACCCCCUGGGCCCCCUGGGCCGCCAGGAAGGGAUGGUGCUCCAGGAAAGGAUGGUGAGCCAGGAGAUCCUGGCAAAGAUGGAAAGCAGGGUGACACUGGGCCUCAAGGCUUCCCGGGAACCCCAGGAGAGGUUGGCCCCAAGGGUGAGAAGGGAGACCCUGGGGUUGGGCCACGUGGACCCCCUGGGCCUCAGGGACCUCCAGGGCCUCCAGGACCAUCCUUCAAACACGACAAACUGACCUUCAUCGACAUGGAGGGGUCAGGGUUUGGUGGUGACCUGGAGACUCUCAGGGGCCCACGAGGCUUCCCCGGCCCCCCUGGUCCCCCUGGCGUCCCAGGCCUGCCUGGAGAGCCAGGCCGCUUUGGGAUGAACAGCUCAGAUGUUCCAGGACCUGCAGGCCUCCCCGGUGUGCCUGGGCGAGAAGGGCCCCCUGGGCGUCCUGGCCCUCCAGGAUCCCCAGGCCCUCCAGGAAAAGAUGGGCAGCGAGGAGAGAAUGGCCAGAAAGGAAGUCUCGGUGAAGUGGGCGCCCCAGGACCUAAGGGAAGCCAGGGAGACCCUGGCCCUGUUGGUGCUCCUGGGCAGAAUGGCCUGGCAGGAGCCCCUGGACCAGCUGGGCCCCGAGGACCCCCAGGACCACCUGGGCCACCUGGGCCACCUGGGCCAGGACUUGCAGCAGGAUUUGAUGACAUGGAAGGUUCUGGAGGGCCCUUCUGGUCAACAGGCCGAGACUCCAUCGGACCACAGGGACCACGUGGCCUCCCAGGACUCAAGGGGGAUCCUGGAAUGGCUGGGCCACCUGGGGCCAAGGGAGAAGUUGGAGGGGAUGGUGCUCCUGGGUUCCCUGGCCUCCCUGGCAGAGAGGGCAUAACUGGGCCGCAGGGACCAAAAGGAGAUAAAGGAAGCCAAGGAGAAAAGGGUGACCCAGGGAAGAAUGGUGUGGGGCAGCCCGGGCUCCCAGGGCCCCCUGGACCCCCAGGGCCUGUCGUCUACGUGUCAGCGGAGCAGGAUAAGGUGAUCUCAAGUGGGCCAGGACCUGAGGGCGGGGCAGGGCACAUAGGUUCUCCGGGACUAGCUGGCCCUAAGGGUGACCUGGGCUCCAAAGGUGAGCCUGGCUUCCCAGGACAGAAGGGUGAGAAGGGUGAGCCUGGCACCAUCUUCAGCCCUGACGGCAACAUCCUGGUCCCCACUCAGAAAGGAACCAAGGGUGAGCCAGGCUUCCGAGGACCCCCGGGCCCCUAUGGACGGCCUGGGCACAAAGGCGAGAUUGGCUUUCCUGGACGACCGGGUCGCCCAGGGAUGAAUGGACUGAAGGGGGAGAAAGGAGAGCCAGGGGACGCUGGUGCCGCAUUCAACAUGAGGUGUCCUCCUGGGCCCCCAGGACCUCCAGGGCCCCCAGGCCCUCCUGGAAUGCCUGUCUACGAUAGCAAUGCUUUUGUCAACUCUGGCCGCCCCGGGCCUCCAGGAUUGCCAGGGUACCAGGGACCUCCUGGACCGAAGGGCGACAAAGGAGAAGUGGGCCCACCAGGUUCCCCAGGGCAGUUCCCAUUCGACCUCCUGCACUUGGAAGCUGAGAUGAAGGGUGAGAAGGGCGACCGAGGGGACGCCGGGCAGAAAGGAGAGAGGGGAGAGCCAGGGGGCGGCGGAUUCUUCGGCUCCAGUGUACCAGGCCCCCCCGGUCCCCCUGGCCCUCCAGGCUACCCUGGGAUUCCGGGUCCCAAGGGAGAGAGUAUCCGAGGUCAGCCUGGCCCACCAGGCCCUCAGGGACCCCCUGGCAUUGGCUAUGAGGGGCGCCAGGGGCCAGCUGGGCCCCCCGGACCCCCAGGACCCCCAGGACUCCCCUCGUUUCCUGGCCCUCACAGGCAGACCAUCAGUGUUCCUGGCCCACCAGGCCCACCUGGCCCCCCAGGGCCUCCUGGAACCACAGGUGCAUCCUUGGGUGUGAGGAUCUGGGCCACAUACCAGACCAUGAUGAACAAGGUGCACGAGGUGCCUGAAGGCUGGCUCAUCUUUGUGGCUGAAAGAGAGGAGCUAUACGUCCGAGUCCGAAAUGGGUUCAGGAAAGUUCUGCUGGAGGCCCGGACACCACUGCCACGUGGAACAGACAAUGAAGUGGCUGCCCUGCAGCCCCCCAUGGUGCACGAAGGCAACCCAUACUGGCAAGAGCUUUCCCACUCGACAGCACGGCCCUGGCGGUCAGAUGGCAUUCUAGCCAACCCCCCACGCCUGCCAGACCCCCAGCCCUACCCCGGGGCCCCACACCAUGGCUCCUAUGUGCACCACCAGCCACCUCGCCCCACUGUCAUGCCUGCCCAUGCCCACCAGGACUUUCAACCAGUGCUCCACCUGGUGGCCCUCAAUGGACCACUCACGGGUGGCCUACGCGGCAUCCGAGGAGCCGACUUCCAGUGUUUCCAGCAGGCGCGGGCUGUGGGGCUUGCCGGCACCUUCCGCGCCUUCCUGUCCUCUCGGCUACAGGACCUGCACAGCAUUGUGCGUCGUUCGGACCGUGGAGAUGUGCCCAUUGUCAACCUCAAGGACGAGGUGUUAUUCCCCAGCUGGGAGGCCUUGUUCUCAGGCUCUGAGGGCCAGCUGAGGCCCGGGGCCCGUAUCUUCUCUUUUGAUGGCAGGGACGUCCUGAGGCACUCUGCCUGGCCCCAGAAGAGCGUGUGGCAUGGCUCAGACCCCAGUGGGCGCCGGCUGACCGAGAGCUACUGUGAGACAUGGCGGACAGAGGACCCGGCAGCCACAGGCCAGGCCUCCUCGCUGCUGGCAGGCAGGCUGCUGGGGCAGAAGGCCAUGAGCUGCCGCAACGCCUUCAUCGUCCUCUGCAUUGAGAACAGCUUCAUGACUGCCUCCUCCUAG